GAUGUCACUUCCGCCCCAAGGUAAGAUGGCAGCGCCGGGUCCUUGCCACGCAGACUUCCGCCUUGCCGGGAGACCGGUGGCCGGUGGUUGGUCUCGUCGGAGGUGAAGUCGCGACACUCGGCGCAGAGCCUCAACGGAGGAACCAUGUCGGAAGGAAACGCCUCGGGCGAGCCCAGCAACCCUGGAGGGCCGCGACCCCUUCUUUCUGGGGGCCGGGGGCUGAUUGGCCGGCGGCCGGCACCCCCGCUUACGCCGGGUCGCCUUCCCUCCAUCCGCUCUCGGGACCUCACCCUUGGCGGAGUCAAGAAGAAAACCUUCACCCCAAAUAUCAUCAGUAGGAAGAUCAAAGAAGAACCAAAAGAAGAAGUAACCAUGAAGAAGGAAAAGCGUGAACGGGAUAGAGACCGCCAGCGUGAGGGCCAUGGACGGGGACGUGGCCGCCCAGAAGUGAUCCAGUCCCAUUCUAUCUUUGAGCAGGGUCCAGCAGAAAUGAUGAAAAAAAAAGGGAACUGGAAUAAGACAGUGGACAUAUCAGACAUGGGACCUUCUCAUAUCAUCAACAUCAAAAAAGAGAAGAGAGAAACCGAUGAAGAAACCAAGCAGAUCCUGCGCAUGCUGGAGAACGAUGAUUUCAUCGAUGACCCAGGGCUAAAGAAUGACACACGGAACAUGCCAGUGCAGCUGCCACUAGCUUAUUCAGGGUGGCUUUUUAAGGAGGAGAAUGAAGAGCCAGAUGUUAAGCCUUUUUCGGCUGACCCCAAGGAAGAAGACAUGGAAGUAGAUGCGCCUGCUGUCAAAGUGAAAGAGGAGCCACGGGAUGAGGAAGAAGAGGCCAAGGUGAAAGCCCCUCCAAGAACAGCCAGGAAGACCCCUGGUCUCCCGAAGGAAGUGUCUGUUGCAGAGCUGCUCAGGGAGUUGAGCCUCAUGAAGGAUGAAGAGCUGCUGUUCCUUCAGCUGCCUGAUACCCUUCCUGGGCAGCCGCCCACUCAGGACAUCAAGCCUAUCAAGACAGAGGUGCAGGGCGAGGAUGGACAGAUGGUAGUCAUAAAGCAGGAAAAAGACCGGGAAGCCAGGCUAGCAGAGAAUGCUUGCACCUUGGCUGACCUAACAGAGGGUCAGGUGGGCAAGCUGCUCAUUCGAAAAUCGGGGAAGGUGCAGCUCCUCCUGGGCAAGGUGACUCUGGAUGUGACCAUGGGAACAACCUGUUCGUUCCUUCAGGAACUGGUGUCUGUGGGCCUUGGAGACAGCAGGACAGGGGAGAUGACAGUCCUGGGACAUGUGAAGCACAAACUUGUAUGUUCUCCUGAUUUUGAAUCUCUCUUGGAUCACAAACACCGGUGAAAUGGACAGAUGGAGGAAGAUGUUGACUGUGCCAUGACCGCGCGUGUUCUCAUGCAGCCCAGAAGGCGCCUCCUUAGCGCACCCGAUGCAGCCUUUGGGAGCUGUAGUCCCAGUUUCCCCGACUAGGGCCUGUGCUGCCCCCUCCCCCCAGCAGCUGUGAAUGGGACCUCACACAGCAUGAGUAUGGAAGGCACAUCCUCACCUCUGGGAACUUGACCCUGCUAUUUAUUUUUUAUUUAUGUCUUAAUCCUCAGCUGACUGCAUUCUCCCAGAGAAGGAUGGGGCAGGAUUCUUUUGGGGAACCAUGGGCUACAGGGAUGGGAAGGGGAGGGGCUCAGGUGGGUAGGAAAGAACAGGGAUGUGAUGGAACUUGAGAUGUAAACUCAGUCCCAAUUCACUAGUUUCUAGUUCUGUGUCCUUGAACAAACUACCUAACCUUUCUAAGCCUCAUAUUCCUCACUGGGAAAACAUGAGGAUAAUGCCUACCUCACAGGGUUGGUGAGAGGAUCGAAUGGAAUGUUGUAGAUGAGAACUCCUUGCACAAGAUCAAGCAUACAUUAUAUAAGGGGGUGUGUGUAUACACAUGCAUAUAUAGAUAUGGAUACACGUGUACAUACCCAUAGGCGCUCAAUAAAUGUUAGUUUUUCUUUCCUUGA